CAUGUCAAACGUGAAACAAGGAGCGAACACUUGACAGCUACAUUGGCGUGUUAUUUACCGCAGUAAGCCUUGUUAAAUUAAUAUAAGACAUUCUCUCGUUUGACUGGCUUUCAUGGCCACUAUUUUGUUACCGAACAGUGCGGGUAUCGUUCCAGGGCAAGUGGAGUCGUUUUAUACACCUUUCAAAGCUGCACCGUCGGGGGGAUUGCAAGAAGAUUGCGGGUUCGUUUCAAAUAUAGGGAGGAAUAUUUUUAAUGGCACCCCGACAAUCGACCACAUUCUGAUUAAAUCAGAGAUGGAGAAAUACUUGGAGCCUCAUCCACACCACGGAAUACUUGAGGACAAGAAGUUUGCAAGGGAUGGUUCCACAAUGCUCGAUCAGUCCAGCCAGGGCCAGGGUUCUCCGUACGGCCUCAACCCGAGCGUCUUCCUGCCGGAUGUCACCUACCUGCGUACAGGUCUGUGUCGGCCCGUGACGCCAGCUAUGGCCCAGAUCAAGGCAGAGCCCGUCGAGUCGGUUCUGUACCCCAGCUGCCCCAGCUCUCUGGCCUCGGGCGCCCAUCACCAUGCCGACUACACUGGCCUCUUCAGCCCCGCGUCGGACGCCGGGGGCAACAACAGCAACAACAACAGCGUGUUUGUCAAACAGGAGCCGGUGGCCCCCUCUCUCGACUUCCACGACAUCCCCCUGUUUCAGCUUUUGAACUCGGAACUGGACACGUUCGCACCCGCUAGCGCCCUGUGCUCCGACCUGCAUGGUAGCCUGUCCUCGUCAAUGUCCGCUUUUGGCCUCCACCCGGCAGACCAGCCCAUGGCCAGCAAGGCUCUGUGCGGCGGCGUCCACAGCCGCGGUUACUCGUCGUCCGCUGGCCAGUACCCCCAGCUCCAGCAGAAGCCGGGGUACCUGCCCCCGUCGCCCCCAAGUUCGGAGCCCGGUAGCCCGGACAGGUGCAAAGACCUGCUCCAGAACCUCUCCCCGCCACCAUCCUACGCCGCCAGCAUGGCGUCCAAAAUGGCCGUGCAGAGCCCCAGCCUAGCUGGCGCACCCAUGCCCGCCCCAGCACCUGCAUCUGCCCAGGUCAUGCCCAUCAGGUACAACCGCCGGAACAACCCCGACCUGGACAAGCGGCGGAUACAUCACUGUGACAUACCAGGUUGUAAGAAGGUCUACACCAAGUCGUCACAUUUGAAAGCUCAUUUGCGGACGCACACGGGAGAGAAGCCGUACAAGUGCUCAUGGGAGGGUUGUGACUGGCGCUUUGCCCGCUCCGACGAGCUGACGCGCCACUUCAGGAAGCACACGGGGGCCAAGCCCUUCCAGUGCUCCGUCUGCAGCCGCAGCUUCUCGCGCUCUGACCACCUGGCCCUCCACAUGAAGAGACACCAGAACUAGCGCCCACGGGCCGCCGCUAGCCCUAGCCCCCCUAUCUCCCGCUUUUAAUUACUCCACAGGUGGACGGGGAUGGGGGACUGGGCGUAGCUCGUUCCGCCAGGUACAAGGCUCCCCUGGCGGUAGGAGCGUUUUAAGAACAGCCGUGGUCGCCUGGACGAAAAACAAGGCGACUGCCGCGAGAACAUUGACUGGGGUGGGGUGGGGUGGGAGGGUUGGGAUACAAAUUGUUGACAGUGCUGGCUGUUAUGUUGGCUGUGAUCCACUCCAAGGCGGACUUUGCCUGCCUGAGAACCUUAGGGAGUACCAGGGCGCGUUGUGGACGCUCUCUGUGGAUUGUUGCUUACACUGAGAUAUUCACUGUUCAUCAGGAACCAUAUGGUUACCAUGGUUUUCUGUUUAUUUGUUUUUUUAACUCCAUUUUGAUUCUCAUUGGCGCUUCGUAUUAGACUGUCCAGCAAAACUGACUCCCCCCUCAUAUGAUUUAUUCAUAUUUAAAUGUGCCUUUUGAUAGUCACCCAGCCUUACAUUCAUGCAUUUUUUAUUGUCUACUCUGCUGUACAUUUCUGAGACAAGUUUGCCAUUUAUGUAAAGCCAACAAUGGGGUGGGUAAUAACUAAAAAGAAGUGUGUUUGUGUGCAGUUAAACUAUUUUUUCUUUCUGAAUGGAUUUUCCAUCUUUCAUCAUUCAUCUUUCUUUCUGAAGUCAUCUUUUCACUUCCAACUAGAGUACAACCCUCAUUUGGCAAUGUCCCUGAACUAUAUAAAGGUCUUCCGGGGAUGAUCAAAUUAACAUGUCCACCCAAGACUUACACUUAACCACAAACUCCACAUUAUCCACUCUGUUACCACUGCCUUUGGCCUAUGGCACCAAAGAGUGAACUUGAUCAUCGUCCCAUGUCUGAGUUCAUUUUAAUAUUUCAGCCACUUAGCACUGAGCACACUGCGUGCUUAAGUAAUGGACUGAACUGAAUGGUCAUAAAUACCAUACGGGGAGUGAUUGAAAUUACACUGCCUCACCAUUCACACUGUGUUGAAAUACCCCUCUGCACUCAGCGUGUGUAGCAGUCAUAAACACUACAGGCAUACAUUCUCAACUUGUGUCAGCAACUGUGAAUGUGAACAGGCCAGAUUGUAUGUGUCUAUUUUUUUUACUAGCAUCUACUGUAUGUGACUGUAGCAUUCAUGAGGACAUUUGUGCAUUUUUUACUGUUUGCCGAAAACAGAGGCUACUUAUUGAAAGAAAACUACAACCUUAAUGAUGUGAUUGAAACCCAGGAACGUUUAGCAGCAGCGAAUAGUAAGCCAAAUUCCUGUCUAAAAAAAAGUCAGAACUGAUUGAUUGUUAAAUUAUAACCAAAUAACUCUGUCGAGUAGCUCCUUAUAGAGUCAUUCCAAAGUGAACCAAAUGACUUACCGUAGGGUUUUAUUUUAAACGCGUAACGCUCACAGUUAGUUGCUCGAACAUACAUCCUCACUCACCCUCACGCGUCGAGAGCACUUAACUCUUAAUCAAUCUGUAGAGGCCUUUAUUUAGACACUUUCAGUGAAGUGCAAACGCUGUGACAGUGCUUGUGUUCCCCCGGUCAAUCAGUGCCUGUGACCUUCACAUGUUUGGUGCUACCUAUAGACACCCUGGGAUGUGGCCCUGAUCUGGCACCGCUCUGGCCCCUAUCAGGCAGUACCCAUAAAUCCAGCUUCAUUGUCAUCUGCCAUUUUAAUGUUCCCUACCACCCGGUCAGGCCACCAAGACGCCCUGAGAGUAUGAGCAUGGAUUAGAAUGACUAGAGUUGGGAUGUGUGUGUGUGUGGCGGGGGGUGGGGGGGGGGGGGGACCGGACUCUCCAACAUAUCAGUUGGUAUUCUCUUAGAAGACACGGCUGUAGACAACCUGCAUAUCACAACACAGUGCACUGUUCUGUUUAAAAAGAAACCAUUGGCUCAGUCUAUGUAGUGCCAUAUAUACGUUUCAGGAGGCAGGGAGAAGAUCCUCCCUUUGUUACGUCUAAAGGAUGGUACAUACUGCAAUAUACAGCCAUUGGUCACAAUCAACACACUGCUUCAUUUGCGUAGACAGACAUAUAGAGAAUAGUGUAGUUUUUCUAAGGUUUAUUUUCACUUAUUGCUAAAGUUUAUGAAAUGUGUCUUUCUCGAAGCCAGCCUUUUAGCGUUACACCCAUGUAUGAAGUGUAAAGUUAUUAGACUGAUGCUCAGGUAGAUUAUUUGUUGUAUCAUCUCCAAAAAUACAUUAUUUUAGGUGCUUUAAAUUGUUUUAGGUGUAAAUAUGAUAAUGUAUUUAUUUUUAUUUGUAUUAUGUAUGGGCUGUCAUUUUCUAUUCUGCAAGAACCAUGUUGUGAUUUUUACUGAGCUCAUAAUGUCUGCCUUAGUUACUUUGAGAUGGCCUUUGCAAAAAGAAGAAGGGAAGAACCUUAUUUGGGCAUAUUGGUUUAGGCAGAGGAUCAAAUAGCUGUUUGUUUAUGUCAUCUUGUGAGUGUGAAUACUAAAACUGUGUACUCUCUUUCUCUCUCUUAUGCAGUCCCAUUGGUUUUCUGUUCUCUAGACAAUCUCUGGACUAAUUAUGUGAUGCAUUUGAUUUUGUACAGUGAGGAGCCACUGUACAUAGAUAAAAUUGAAUCAACUAACUUUGAUUUUCUUUAUCUAUGUAUGUAAAGAAAUAUACCAGUCAUUUUAACUAGA